CAACGUCACUUCUGUGCUCUUCAUUGUCCACAUAACAUGCUGUUAAGGAGAUCCUCGUUUCUUUAAGUGAAAACAAAGCUGAAAUGGACCGAAGUUUGAAGAGACGGCAGGUGAAGCCGCUUGCUGCCUCUCUGUUGGAUGCCUUGGACUACGACAGCUCUGAUGACAGUGACUUUGAAGUGGGAGACGCUUCGGGCUCAGAUGGCACAGGAAACGGCAGUGAUGAUGAAGGGUCAAAAACGAGCGCUGCUGGCUCAGAAAGUGAGUCGGAAAACGCUGCAUCUGCAGGCGAUGGUGCGGAUGAGGAGGCAAAAGAGCUGACUGCUGAAGACAAUUUAACUGAGGAUGAGGAGAAGAGCAAACAGCAGCCCCCAUCAGACAGCUCCACCAAAGACAACCCCUCCAUCACCCCACCCAAAGGCAGACGGAAGAGCAGGAAGAGCGCCGAGCCGGAGCCCUCUGGUGAAACUGUGUCUACCUCAGCUUCUGGGGAUGCUAACCUGAAUGCUGAAGACUCUUCAGCUGAGCCCAAGAAGUGGAAUUUCCGCAGGAAUCGUCCCCUCCUGGACUUCACCACCAUGGAGGAACUGAACGAGAUGGACGACUACGAUAGUGAAGAUGACAAUGACUGGAGGCCCACUGCAGGGAAGAAGAAAGGCAAAGCAGCCACUCAGAAAGGAGGCACAGAGGAAGAAGAUGGAGGCAGCGCCAGCGAUGAUGACGAUGAUGAUAACGAUGAUGAUGAUGACGACGACGAUGAUGAUGAUGAUGACGAUGAUGACGACGAUGACAAGGAAGAUGGCGAUAAUGACAACCACAACACAAGCAGUGAUAGUGAGAAAGAAGUUAAAAAGCCCAAGAAGAAGGUGAAGAACAGCAGUACGUUUGAUGAUGAGCUGACCAAUGACAGCAUGUCCCAAGGAAAGGGCAACGAGGACGCUCUGCUCGACCGCUCCCAGACUUGGAACACUCAACACAUCCUCAUCUGCUGCGUUUGCUUGGGAGACAACAGCGAGGAUGCAGAUGAGAUUAUCCAGUGUGACAACUGUGGGGUGACUGUGCAUGAAGGCUGCUACGGCGUGGACGGCGAGAGCGACUCCAUAAUGAGCUCGGCCUCGGAGAACUCGACCGAGCCGUGGUUCUGCGACGCCUGUAAGAACGGAGUGACUCCCAGCUGCGAGCUGUGCCCCAACCAAGAUGGCAUCUUCAAAGAGACGGACGCCGGGAGAUGGGUGCACGUGGUUUGUGCACUUUAUGUCCCCGGAGUGGCGUUUGGAGACAUCGACAAACUGAGGCCGGUGACGCUCACAGAGAUGAAUUAUUCAAAAUACGGAGCCAAGGAAUGCAGCUUCUGUGAGGACGCCCGCUUUGCCAGGACCGGCGUGUGCAUCAGCUGCGACGCAGGGAUGUGCCGGUCCUACUUCCACGUCACCUGCGCCCAGAGGGAGGGGCUUCUGUCUGAGGCUGCAGCAGAGGAGGAUAUCGCGGAUCCUUUCUUCGCGUACUGCAAGCAGCAUGCAGACCGCUUCGACAGGAAGUGGAAAAGGAAGAACUACCUGGCUUUACAGUCCUAUUGUAAGGUCUCUCUGCAGGAGAGAGAGAAACAGCUGACUCCUGAGGCUCAGGCCCGGAUCACCACCCGCCUGCAGCAGUACAGAGCAAAGGCAGAGCUGUCCAGGAACACCCGUCCUCAGGCGUGGGUGCCCCGAGAGAAGCUGCCGCGCCCUCUGACCUCCAGCGCCUCCGCCAUCAGGAAGCUGAUGAGAAAGGCGGAACUGAUGGGCAUCAGCACCGACAUUUUCCCCGUGGACACGUCCGAUGCCAACGCCAGCAUGGACGGCCGCAGGAAACACAAGCAGCCCGCCCUCACUGCGGACUUUGUCAACUACUACCUCGAGCGGAACAUGCGAAUGAUCCAGAUCCAGGACAACAUCUCCGAGCAGAAGAACUUGAAAGACAAGCUGGAGAACGAGCAGGAAAAGCUGCACGUGGAGUACAACAAGCUCUGUGAGUUCCUGGAGGAGCUGCUGAACAUGAACGGGGAACUGCGCGGUGAAGGCCAGGCCAUGUGGACUCUGCUGGGAGGGAUCCUGGGUCAGAAAUUAAACAGUCCAGCAAUUCUGAAAGCUCCAAAAGAGAGAAAGCCCAGCAAGAAGGAGGGCGAGAGCCCGGGGAAGUCGUCCAGCCUGCCGGCAAUCCUUUACAGCUGCGGCAUCUGUAAGAAGAAUCAGGACCAACAUCUGCUGGUUCUCUGUGACACCUGUAAGCUCUACUACCACCUGGGCUGCCUGGAGCCUCCACUGACACGGAUGCCCAAGAAGACCAAGAACAGCUACUGGCAGUGCUCGGAGUGCGACCAGGCCAGCAGCGACGAAGCUGACAUCGCCAUGGAGACGCUGCCUGAUGGUACCAAGAGGUCCAGAAGACAAAUCAAAGGGCCAAUCAAAUUCAUCCCGCAGGAGAUGUCGCCGGAGCCUAAGAAACAGCAAGUGAGAGGCACGAGAACCAGAGGCCAGAAGAGGAAGCGAGUUCUCAUCCCAGAGGACAGAGAGGAUAAAGUUGAGGAACCGCUGCCACGGGAACGGAGACAACGCCAGUCUGCAGUACAGAAAAAACCCAAAACCGACGACACCAGGACCGAGUGCACGACUUGCAAGGGACCAGGCGACAACGAAAACCUUGUGAGGUUGUGAGAGCCGGGGCAGCCACCUCAACCUCCCAUAAAUCUGGGGACAGAGAGAGAAAGAGGCUUUUUGAGGCGUUUGAAGGAUGGAGCUCGAGUCAGGCUGAAGAACGAGGCGCUCCACAACCCCCUACGAUCCAAACCGGACCGGCAGCUGAACACUGAGCAGAACUUUCUGAAUCAGUGUCAGAGGACCAAGAGGCUGUUACUUCCUCAGAGUCAGAUCAGUUUGAAAGGAGACAUUAUUGAAUAAUUGGAUUAACUUGUAGAGAAUUCCCAUUAAUGAUCCAGUCAAACCGCCAGUGAUGCUCUGAACCAGUGACAUGAGGCUUCUCCAGCCAGUAGGCCUGUUGAAGAUGCUGUUUCAGCUGAGUUUGGUCUGUUAGAAGCUCAGUGUGCUUUACAACUCCAGUUUCUCUGUUUCCUGACUUUAUGGUCCCAGUUCAGCCCUCUUUCUGCCUCUAGCUUCUGUCCUUCAUCCAACAUGUCAGUUCCUCCUUAUCAGGACAGGUGUGUUUCUCCCUGUAUGACAUCUAAUCAGAAUUAUUGAUUAAAUUAAGACCCCCCUCCCCUCCCCAGUGUGAAGUCUGAUUAGAAACUUUAACCCCAGCUUUUCUUUCUAAGUACGAGGAGGGUCAGAAGCGAUGUUGUGUUUUGCAAAGCCAACUUUUUCCUCCGUGUCAAGUAGAAGCCCUAUCGUAUGUGUAAUAGAAGCAAACUAGCGUAGUUAGCAAUAGUAGCUCUUAAAUGUUAGUCCAGAUGUCUCUGCUGUGUUUAAGCUUUUCCAAGUCUUCCUCCGUCUGUCCUGAGAAAUGAAGCCCAGCUUUGUCUCCAGGCCCCGGGGGCCAUGUCAGACAGCAGCUGCUUGUUUCUCUGUCAGGGCCCCUGACAUGCGUCACAUUUUGCCCUCGUAUGCCACUCUGUUGUCCAUCCACGGCACACGUGUGCUUCUGGGAGCAGUCAAACCCAUAAAGUUGACUCCUCCUCGCCUCUUCAGAGUGUCAUGAAGCAGCACCACAUUCAGGAUGAUGUCUUUAGAGAUCAGAUCUCAGAGCAGGAGGACUCGCUGGUUCCUGAUUGGUCCAUUUCCAUCAUGCUGUCCAGUGCAUGGCUCUAUAUUUACCUACAAGCAGAGAAGACUUGAACAUCUGUGAUGUGACGUAGAGAUGUGAUGAUGUGUACAGUAUUUAUUAAGAGGCCGAACCAUGUGAUUGUGUUUUGUGUAUCAUAAAAUGAUGUUGUGACUCGGCCGUAUUUUCUGUUUUUGCCAAACAUUUAUUUACAUUUUGUUUACCAACAUGCUUGUAAGGGAAUGUGUCGUGUGUAACGAAGUAAGAAUGUGAACGUUGCUGCUGUAGUGAAGUGUCUCAGCCUCUGGCCUGUAGCUGUUGAAAAUGAAGCGCAGCUUUAAUAAACUCUUGAUUUUUUUCACCUUA